AUGGCAACAGAUCAAAGCAAAAGUGAUCAUAUUUAUCCAACGUAUCAGCAUUCUCCGGGAUAUGGUACACAACCACCACCACCAUAUUAUAGUCAAACAACGGGAAUGUAUCCUGGUCAAACAACGGGAAUGUAUCCUGGUCAAACAACGGGAAUGUAUCCUGGUCAAACAACGGGAAUGUAUCCUGGUCCACCAAUGGGACAUACACCUAUUAUUAUGGCACCAGUUUAUCAACGACCAAUUCCUACCGCAAUUUUAUCACCGAUUACACCAUCGCUAAAAUUAUUCUUCAUUCUUAGUGGUAUUUUGUAUAUUUUGCUAGGUGUUCUUGGUUUUGGGUUAGAAAUUGGUUUAAUUACAAAGGGUUAUUCGAGUAAUUAUCGUGGAUUUUGGGCCGGUGGUUUUAUAAUUGGAUGUGGUAUUAGUAUGUUGAUUGCUGCAUGUAAACCAUAUUAUGCGAUGAUUCGAUUAGUUGUCUCGUUUAUAAUUGCUGUAUUUUUUAUCGUAGCUGCUAUUAUACUUUCAAUUGUGAAUUUGGAAUUGGGUGAUUACUGUUAUCUAAGUUGGUAUUAUCAUUGUGAUCCAAAAACAGGACGAUUAAUUAAAAUUGUUAUCUUAGUUGUAUUUAUUGUGUCAUUAAUUCAAACAAUUGUCAAUCUUGUUGUUGUGUCGACAGUACAAAAACGAAACCGUAGGUCAGCACAAACAACUUCUCCAUAA